CGGUGUCAUCAACAUUCGCCGUGCUGUUGUGGUUGCCGCUCGGUAAUGUUCUGGUGCGCGUCCCGUGCCUCGACAGUGUGUUCGCGUCUGUGUGUAAACCGUGGCGUAGUAGUGUACUGCCAGCGUGGGAACGUACCGCUACGUGGCCAGUAUCGUCGGUCCCAUUCCGCGAUGGCCUCCGCGCCCCCGAUUGUGGUCAUUCUCGGCUCGACCGGUACCGGCAAAACGAAGCUGUCACUCGAGCUGGCAGCCCGGUACGGCGGCGAGGUGAUCAGUGCCGAUUCAAUGCAGGUUUACACCGGACUCGACAUCGUAACGGCCAAGGCGACGAAGGAGGAGCAGCGGCAGGCGGUGCACCACCUGCUGGAUGUGGCUAGGCCCGAUCAGGCCUUCACCGUGACCCAUUUCCGCGAGCGCGCCCUGCCGAUCAUCGAAUCGCUGCUGGCGGCCAACCGCAUGCCGAUCAUCGUGGGCGGCACCAACUAUUACAUCGAGAGCAUCCUCUGGCGGGUGCUGCUGAGCGAGGGCGUCAAGCGGGAACGGUUGCGAUCGCGUUGCGCCCCCGAAAGCGAACCGGAGGCAAAGCAACCGAAAGUGGACGGUGGAGUGGCUGCUGGUGCUGCUUCUGCUGGAACUGCCACUGACCUGGAGCGGCUUCUGGAGGAGCUACCGGGCCUGGGAACGAGUGAAUCGCUGGAAGCGCACGAGUCGGAGUUGCUGCACCAGGCCCUGCAGCGGGUCGACCCGGAGUCAGCCGAGCGGCUGCAUCCCAACAACAAGCGGAAGAUCAUCCGGGCUCUCGAAGUGUACAUAGAAUCGGGAGGACAAUGCACAAUGAGCCAGGAAUUGGCGGAACAACGAUCAGCGCCAGGUGCUUGCGGUUUAGGGGGUCCUCUGCGCUAUCAGAACGUAGUCAUCAUCUGGCUACGAUGCGAUCAGGAUAUUCUAAACCGCCGUUUGGAUGCAAGGGUGGACAGUAUGGUUGCCCAAGGACUGCUGCCAGAGAUACGAACAUUUUAUGAAUCGUACGUCAAACCCUACGACGCUUGCCAGUUCCAUCAGGGCAUACUACAAGCCAUAGGAUUCAAGGAGUUCGUGAAGUACCUAGAAACGUACGGCCCGGAACAGGAUCUCGAGAUUCUAGAUUACCGUACUGCGGCGCUGGAACAUCCCCGCCCCAAGCCAACCGGUCUGAGCAUGCUGGAGGAUUGUCUCGACUACCUGAAAUUGGUCACGCGUCGCUAUGCCCGUCGUCAGAUCCAGUGGAUCCGCAAUCGAUUCCUGUCCGAUAUUGGUCGCGAGGUGCCGCCAAUCUACGCACUAGACACCGGCAAUGUCGACCAUUGGAAGGUGCAGGUAUCCGAACCGGCGGUAACCAUCAUCGAUGCCAUCAAAUCCGGACAGCCGUCCCCUGUGCCCUGUGUGCCCAAAAUAGCAACAGACCGCGAACGACUGCAAACGGAGCGUACAUUCCGCUGCGAAACGUGUCAGCGGGUGUUUAUCGGCGAGCAUCAAUGGCAGAUUCACAUCCAUUCUAAGAAGCAUCGAAAGAUGACGAAACGCAGCAAAAGCCCGAGCACCGAUCAACAGACGGGUCCGGUACCUUCGGUAGCCAAUUCGGGAUAGAUACGGCAAGUUAGGCAAGGUCUAUCAUUACCACCGUUUAAAAACUAUUGUAAACAUGAACAUGCUGUGGAAUUACACCUCCAUCGGGCUAUACAAUAUACCGGUUUCAUUUUGUAUGGCAACAACUUUGAUCCACUCUACAACGUCGUCCUUUAUUAUAAAUUACUUACAGGGUUUUUCAAGCCAGCUCAACAUCGUGACACUAUUUUUCAAACACGUAAAACGAUUGUCAACAUGGU